CGACGAUUUCGCCCUCGUUCGCUGCUCUUUCUGUGUCUCUCUAACAAAAGCGAGCGAAGCUUCUUGUUGCGGCUCCAUUCCUAUAAACCUUCCCGUUCCCCUUCUCCUCGAAGAGGCGAUGAUGGCGAUGGGUCGAGGGAGUUGGAUCCAUUGAAGGUGGGGAGCGAAGAAUAAUGGCGAAGCUCCUCUCGAGAUUCGCGGGUUUCUUCAGCUCCCGCACCCUCGUCGGCGUCGACAAGGCUGGGAAUCGCUACUUCACUCGCAAGGAGGAGAUCGACGGGAUUCUAAAGGAGAAAAGGUGGGUUAUAUUCAAAGGAGAGGAGGAUCCCACUUCUAUUCCAGUUGAGUGGAUUUGCUGGUUGAAUGGCCAAAGAAAGCAAGCUCCAACUCCAGAGGAACUGGCUGAGUUGGAGAGGAGGCGUGAACUUGUUAAGCAAAAUAUCGAACUUCUAAAGAAGAAAGAUGAAGAGGAAAGAAGCUCCAGGAACCGACAGAGCAAGAGAAUCAGUAAAUCUGAAUCCCCGGAUCUCAAAAGUUUCAUCCAGCAAUUUCCCAGUGACUCUUUGGAACAGAAAAUAGGAUCUGAGGACACAUCAGAUGCGAAGGGUGAUACAGAUGAUAAAGAAAGGUCCUCGGAACCUACCGGGUCGGGCGAAUCGUUUCAACCAGGGACGUGGCAACCACCAGCAUGAAACUCAUUAGCCAAACUGAUCGGUGCCGAUGCUUUUUACAUGUAUUUUGGUACACAACAUUCGGUCAUUAUGCAUGAUCAAUGGACUGUUGUAGCCUAUUGAUGCACUCCUCUCUCGAGGAGGAGGGAAAAAGAAAUUCCUGCCUCAUUUUCACUAUUGAGGAAAAUUGCUCCUUUUUUCUUUCUGAGGAGAAAGAAAAGAGAAAAUUCUCAUUUAGUUGGUGCAGAUCAAUUUACAUUGAUGAAUGAGGUUUUACACGAAACAUCUGAAGAUUGUAGAGUUGGAUAAUAAUUCUUUGCUCACUCUCUGACAUUCAAGCUUCUUCAAAAACGCGAAUUGUAUGUUUAUUUACUUUCUGUUAUCAAGAUGUUUUUUUUUCUGUUCUCUCA